UGUCACCAUGGUGACGGGGCUGUGCCCAGGGAGGUUGUGAUGGGUUGACAGGUGCGUGACAAUCGGAGUUCUCUGCAAGCAUGUACGCCAAAGGCAAGAGUAGCAACGUGCCGUCCGACAGCCAAGCCAGAGAAAAGUUGGCUCUUUAUGUGUACGAGUACCUGCUGCAUGUAGGAGCACAGAAGUCAGCACAGACCUUUCUCUCAGAGAUCCGAUGGGAAAAGAACAUCACAUUAGGAGAGCCUCCGGGGUUCCUCCAUUCAUGGUGGUGUGUGUUCUGGGACCUGUACUGUGCUGCUCCAGAGAGACGAGACACAUGUGAACACUCCAGUGAGGCCAAGGCUUUCCAUGACUAUAGUGCGGCAGCAGCGUCAAGCCCCGUCCUCGGGAACCUUCCCCCAGGAGAGGGCAUGCCAGUGGGGCCUGUUCCUCCAGGAUUCUUUCAGCCAUUUAUGUCACCCAGAUACCCCGGAGGACCCAGACCCCCCCUUAGAUUACCCAAUCAGGGACUUGGAGUUCCAGGUAGCCAGCCAAUGUUACCAAGUGGGAUGGAUCCCACAAGACAGCAAGGACAUCCAAAUAUGGGAGGACCAAUGCAGAGGAUGACUCCACCCAGAGGCAUGGUGCCUCUAGGGCCUCAGAACUAUGUAGGUGGGAUGAGACCACCACUGAACGCCCUGGUUGGUCCUGGGAUGCCCGGUAUGACCAUGGGACCUGGUGGCGGAAGACCCUGGCCAAAUCCUCCGAACUCCAACUCUACCCCUUACUCGUCUGCAUCUCCAGGAAGCUAUGUGGGGCCUCCGGGGGGCGGAGGAGCGCCUGGAACCCCAAUAAUGCCGAGCCCAGCAGAUUCAACCAACUCCGGUGACAACAUGUACACUAUGAUAAACACAGUCACUCCGAGUGGAAGCCGACCAAAUUUCCCCAUGGGUGCAGGUAGCGACGGUCCGUUGGGGGGAAUAGCAGGAAUGGAACCCCAUCACAUGAAUGGAUCUUUAGGGUCAGGUGAUAUGGACAGUCUCCCCAAGAACUCUCCUGGUAACCUCAGUAUGAGUAACCAGCCCGGGACGCCCAGAGAGGACGGGGAGAUGGGAGGAAACUUUCUUAACCCUUUUCAGAAUGAAAGUCAGUACUCUCCGAACAUGACGAUGAGCGUGUGAAGACUCUGGGAGCAGGUUUGCUCAGUGGCCUGGUAAGCUGUUGUGGACCGUGGCAAAGCAGAGAGACAGAUGUGAUGUAAUCUGGGCCAGUGACUUUCUCCCCCCCCACGCCAGCCCAGUCGGACCAGCUGGCUCAGGCGCUCUCCCUCUGUAACCCAGCUGUACCCCAAACCCCUUCAUGGUUUCUAUCCAUAUCUCUUCUCUCCUGUUUCUUCUAAGUGGUGACUCGGCUACAUGCAUCAGUUUUUCCUCUGCAACCAUGAGACUGUACAAAGGAAGCAAAUUGAAACAAGCCAGAGCAGAACUCUUCACAUCCGGACCGUGGUUCUGGCUUUUGCCAUCUUAUCUCCGAAUCCAAAUCCCAAAAACGAAAAGCCAGUAUCCUUAAGUAUUCAGAUGAUUUAAACUCAGCAGUUUUUUGAAUAAUUUAGUCUUCUACAUGGUCAGUGUCUUUUCUGUUCAUAAACAACUUUGUCAUUCAAGAGAUGAGAAGUUGGAGACGCAUCACAAUCAUAUUGCCACAAUGAUUAAGUUAAAGUUUGUGCAGAUAUUUAUAGUCUUUUCAGCAUUUUUGGUUGUCUGAAUCUGUAAGACCAUCGACAUUGUCUUUUUUCUGAUCUAUACUGAAGGUAAAGUUUUUUAACCUUUUCUAAACGCGUCCACACAGACCUUCAACUCUCACCCAGAGACGAAUUACUGACACGAAACCCUGGAUCUGCGGGUCAGUGUCGGCGUUAGCCUGUAUAAACAGUAUGAACAGGAUCCAUUACAACCAUAGAUGUUUCUGUGCAUUUUCAUUUGGAAAUUCCUUUCAGCUUGUUACUCAGACAAGAAAAAUACAUUUAAACCUUAAAACGAGACUUCUGAUUGUGCAGUUACACCGGCAGAUAUUUAGCCACCAACAUCGGUGGUCGUACCAGACAGAGUUAUUCUUUUAACGCAAAACCACUCAUCUUUUUCUUUUCUUUUUUUUAAACAAUGAAUUCAAAUGUCCUUUUUUCAAAAGUUCUGUAUUCUCCUUUCUCUCCUUUCUCCUUUAAGUCAGGGGUCACCAAUCCUGGUCCUCGAGGGCCGGUGUCCUGCAUGUUUUAGAGUUUUCCCUGCUUUAACACAACUGAUUCUAAUUAAUCAUCGUCAUAAGCUUGUCAUUGAGGUCUGCACAAUUCUGUUAAUGACACAGUCACUUUUAUCACGGUGCAAUGAAGCAGGGAAACAUGUAAAACAUGCAGGACACCGGCCCCCGAGGACCAGGAUUGGUGAGCCCUGCUUUAAGUCAUAUCAGAUCAGUCACCCUUUGGAUGAGGCUGGUUCAGGUUUCCACAGAUGUUAAUACCAAACAUUACAGACGGGCCGAAGGUUUUAUCUUUAUUUUUAUAUAUAUAUAUAUAUAUAUAUAUAUAUAUAUAUAUAUAUAUA